AUGUCUCUCGCACUGCCUCGUUCGCUGACUGUAGCGCGCUCAUGGCGCCCAUGCGCCUCGCUUUAUCCGUUCCAACGGCAGUCAAAGUUCUCAACCGAAACCAAUCCCCAACAUAUCCAGAGAAAACUCCCAUCAAUCCGACCGCAUCGGUUCAAGGAGUUUGAUAUUGCGGACCGCGUGUAUGCCAUUACCGGAGGCGGGAGAGGACUGGGACUGGCCAUGGCUGAAGCCCUCAUGGAAGCCGGCGCCAAAGUAUACUGCCUGGAUCGCCUAGAGAGCCCGCAUCCCGAAUUCGAAAUAGCCCGCAGCAAAGCCGAAAAGGAUUACGGCGGAAGCCUGGAUUACCGACGCAUCGAUGUACGCGACGAGCCGCAGGUUGAGGACGUCUUUGCGCAGAUCGCCUCGCAAAACCAGCGGCUGGACGGCCUCAUCGCCGCCGCGGGGAUCAACCACCUGCAAAGCGCGCUCGAGCACUCCCAGUCCGCGCUGAAUGAGGUCAUGCAGAUCAACUACAACGGGGUGUUCAACUCGGCGACCGCCGCGGCGCGCCAGAUGUUCAAUUACCAGCAAAAGGGGUCGAUUCUGCUUGUCGCGAGCAUGAGCGGGCUCAUCGCCAACAAGGGCAUGACCUCCCCCGUGUACAACUCGUCCAAGGCCGCUGUGAUCCAGCUCGCGCGGUCGCUGGCGAUGGAGUGGGGCCGUCGUGGGAUUCGUGUCAAUAGCCUGUGCCCUGGGCAUAUCGUCACGCCGAUGGUUGAGCAGGUCUUCCAGCAGAAUCCGUCGGCGAAGGCUAUCUGGGAAGCGGAGAAUAUGCUCGGUCGGCUCGCUACCCCGGAGGAGUUUCGGGGUGCUGCGCUGUUUGCGCUUAGCGAUGCGAGCAGCUUCAUGACUGGGAGCACGAUGCUCAUUGAUGGUGGCCAUACUGCAUGGUGA